GUCAGUAUAAAUACAAAACAUGCUGAGAGCAAGAUCUGUACAUACUUCAAGCCAUUUUGUAAAAUUGUUGAUAUUUUUACAACAGUUAACUGCAAAAUAAGUUUGCUUUCUUUUAUUACAUUAAAUGUACCUCACACCCAUACAAAAUUUUAUUGUUUGGAUAGUUGUAUGCGCUUAAAAGGUGUUUCUCCUUUAGCAUCCGGUCGGCUGCUUGCGUUCGUUUGUACCGACUUCGAAUGUUCAAAGAAAACCUUUAACGUUUAGAACGUCUGACAACAGAGACACGUUUAACUUUUGUAAUUUUACAACCUGUCUACAAACGAAUGAGUACCAGGCUUGAUCGACUGUUCCUCUUGCUUGAAACAGGAUCAACACCUCUGAUUCGCAAAUCAGCUGCUGAACAGUUAGGAGAGGUCCAAAAACUACAUCCCUAUGAACUCAACAAUCUUCUUGCUAAGGUUCACCAGUACCUCUGCAGUACAAACUGGGAGACCAGAAUAGCAGCAGGGUUAGCGGUAGAAGCUAUCGCAAAAAAUGUGCCACAAUGGCAGCCAAGAGGCGCCCCCAAGUCAGAGCCGGGGACUGUGGCCUCACUGCAGUCAGCUGGACGCAUUCUGUUUUCCCAGUUUGAUGUCAACAAAGUUUUGGCGUUUGGAGCUUCCCUGCUGGCAUCCGAGGGUGGUCAGUACGAUGUGGAACAGGCAGCAUGUGGUACAUCUCUUGAUAAGGAGAGGUUAUCCCAGCAGCGUCAACUUCUGAACAAACGCCUUGGUCUCGAUCUGGCAGGUAAUCUUGGCAUUGACACUGGUAACCUGUUUAACGAUGACGAUCUCCAGUGCACUCGCAGUAACAACAAUGGCAGUAUUGGAAGUGCUAAGCCAGUGACUGACUUUGUCCGACAACAGCUGCUCAGUGUUACGUGCGGCAUGAGUGCCCGUGAGAGAAAUCGUGCCAAGAGAAAAGCUCGUCAAUUUGCCAAGCAGAUAUCAAAAGAGAACCAAAGUGAGAGCAGCGUGUCCGACGUUGAACCACCGUCGAAGAAACAGAAGCUAGGUACCCAGAUUAGUGAGGAGAUCGCAGACGACAAGGUGUUUGAUCAGGCAGACACCAUCUUGAAUAUGGAGGAAAUGGAUGAAUGGCCGUUUGAAUCAUUCUGUGAGCUGUUGAUGAAUGAUCUCUUCAACAACGCGUGGGAGGUUCGACACGGUGCAGCUACGGGGUUACGAGACGUCAUCAAACUACAUGGACGUAGUUCAGGGAUGGCCAGUGAUACCCCUUCAGAUGAGCUUUCCUCGAUUAAUCAAGUCUGGCUCUCGGACCUGUCACUCAGGCUGUUGUGUGUUCUUGCUCUUGACAGAUUCGGUGACUUCGUCUCGGAUGAGGUUGUUGCCCCAGUGCGAGAGACGUGUGCACAGACGUUGGGAGUGAUCGUGAAGUACCUCGAUAUUGACGGUGUCCACGGGGUGUUGGGGGUGCUGCUGCAGCUGUUGUCACAGAACCGGUGGGAGGUGCGCCACGGGGGGCUACUCAGUCUCAAGUACCUGCUGGCUGUCAGGCGGGACCUGACUGACAGGUUACUGCCCCUGGUUCUGCCCGGUGUGUUCACUGGUCUGCGAGACCCUGACGACGAUGUGCGUGCUGUGGCUGCUGCUGCUCUUGUCCCUGUCACUGACAGCUUCGUUAAACUGAUGCCACAGCAGACUCCGGUGGUGAUAUCGAGUCUGUGGGAGACUCUGCUGGACCUAGACGACCUGACUGCAUCCACCAACAGUAUAAUGACGCUACUCGCCACCCUCCUAGCCCACCCACACCUCGCUGCCGACAGUGUUUCCCAGUCACUGUCGGAGCUCAUUCCCAGGCUGUGGCCAUUUCUUCGACACAACAUUAAGUCUGUGCGGAAAGCGGCUUUAGAAACAUUCUACACAUUGCUGUCAGCAGAAGGCCAGCAGAAUGCUCUGCAGUCUUGGCUGCCUGCCGUGCUGCAGGACGCCUUGCGACACAUCUACCAGCGCAGUCUACUGGAACACAGCCCCGAGUUACUGGACCUCGUGGAGAAGGUGUGGGCCCAGCUGCUGGAGAGGACCCCCCUCGACUACCUCAUUGGAGCCUCCCUUCCCUGGCUUGGAGUCUGGCUCUGUCUUCUGAUGCAACCUGCUCGAGUACCGUACGACCCGUCCUACCUCAUAGAAGCCAAACAUCGAGUUAGGGACAUUUCAACACCGAAAUCACACCAUCCAUCCGAGACACCAGCAAUAAAAGAACAGAGAGACUUCAUUGGUGGGAUAUCGACAAACACCUUGAUGUCUGAGCAAGAUCCCAGUGUGAUGAAAGCAAGAAUAACAGGGGCAAGAUUGCUAGGAAGAUUGGCAUCUUACAUCACCCGUCCACUGUCAAACUUUCCACCAGAAGCAGAGAAACCUGCUAUUUCCCUCGCAAAGCUGUUCGUUUUCCAUCUGAACACCAAGUCGGCACUUCAGCGAUUCAUUGUGGGACAAGUGACCUACCAGUGGGCUGUUCACAGUCAGCCUUGUGAAUGCCCUGUCGAACUGAAGACGCGGUUACUAGAGUGUCUGAAUGAAGCAAUAUAUUUUGACGAGAUCGCUGUCUCAUUCACGAGGAUGCAGAGUGACUGUCAGGAUUUCAUAGCCAGCCUCAAGUGUCAGGGGGUUGAUAUGGACUCAAAGUUCCCACCAGGCAUACUGACUCUGGACCAAGCAGCCCAGUUGAGUUCUGUGUAUAACGAAGUGAAAGCCAGCUUCAAGCCGCGUGUUGCUGCCACACUGGAAGAACGAUGUCGCCAGCUGCAGACUUCAGUCUCCAGCACUAGUCACGAGCAACAGAUGUGGACUGUCAGAGUUCUGACCAGUCUGGCUAUGGCUGUUGUCAUGAUGGAUGUGCUGCCAGAAAAGUUCAACCCUGUUAUCAGACCCCUUAUGGAGUGCAUAAAGAAAGAACCAAAUCGAGAAAUACAGAGUGAAGCUUCAAAAUGUCUGGCGAGACUGAUUGAGAAGUGCGUUGACCGAACACCGAGUCCGAAUUCCAAAGUGCUCACUAAUAUCUGUGGAUUUCUCUGUUCCGACCCGUCGUCAACGCCUUCCAUAUCCCAGCCGGCUAUUGUCAAACAUACAGAGCAACAACCACAUGAAGUGACUUGUGAUAAACAUAAUGGAAUCCUCACUUUGGUCAUUCAGCAAAGGGCAUCAUCUGAGCGAAGUCGGCGUUUUUUGCGACGGAAUCUCAGUUUGAAAAAUGAUACUGAUAUUUCUGAUGAUGUUCUCCAAGAGGAUGCUGAAGUUUCCAAUCAGCUUCGAACUCAGCGUCUAGGAGCUGAAGCUGCCUUGUUGACGAUCUGUAGACACUUCGGAGAAUCUCUGCCACACAAAGCGCCGACACUGUGGGAGAUGUGCAUGAAACCACUCACACAAGUCGAGUCGUUCACAGCCUCUGAUAAAGUUGAAAAUGACGAAACUGCUCAAAGUGUGGUGACAUCUCUUCAUGUGCUGGAGGCAACUUUGCCAGCUCUACAUGAAAAACUGCGCUUGCAGAUUGUGGACGUUUUGCCGGCACUGCAGAAAUAUGUCUCCCAUCCGUUUACGACGGUUCGCCACAUGGUCGCCCGAUGUUUUGCCGCUCUGACACAACACCAGACACUGCAGCUGAUGCAGUUCAUCAUUGAAGACAUUCUCCUGAUGCUAGGGGUUACUGAUAGUGACAAACACAGGCAGGGAGCUACCGAAGUCCUUGCAAAUGUUAUCGACCUGCUAGCGAUGGACCUGGUGCCGUAUAUCGUCCUGCUUGUGGUGCCCAUCCUCGGCCGGAUGAGUGACCACAACGAGGCGGUCAGACUGAUGGCCACGCACUGCUUCGCUCAGCUCAUACGCCUCAUGCCGCUCGAGGCUGGAAUUCCUGACCCACCUGAAAUGAAAAUAUCUCUGAUUGAGCAGAAGCAAAGAGAGCGUCAGUUUUUAGAACAGCUUCUUGAUGGAUCAAAGCUCCAAGACUACAAAGUGGCCGUACCCAUCUUGGCAGAACUUAGAAAAUAUCAACACGAUGGCGUCAACUGGCUUGCAUUCCUCAACAAAUAUCAGCUACAUGGAAUCCUGUGUGAUGACAUGGGUCUGGGCAAAACGCUACAGUCCAUCUGUAUUCUCGCUAGCGAUCACUUUCUCCGUUGUCAGGCCUUCGCAGCUACUGGAAACCCGGACUGUGCACCUCAUCUAUCAAUUGUAGUCUGUCCGCCAACGCUCGUCGGGCACUGGGUGUACGAGAUUCACAAGUUUGUUGACAAGAAAUUUCUCAACCCGCUCAUGUAUGUCGGCCCCCCAGGAGAGAGACAGCGACUUCAGAAGAAAGUGGAGAAGCAUGAUCUUGUUGUGGCAUCCUAUGAUGUUGUUAGAAAUGACAUUGAGUUCUUCAGCAAUAUAACAUGGAAUUAUUGUAUUCUUGAUGAGGGUCACAUUAUCAGAAAUGGAAAAACAAAGUUGUCCAAAGCUGUGAAGCAGUUGACGUGCAACCACCGACUGAUACUGUCUGGUACGCCGAUCCAGAACAACGUGUUAGACCUGUGGUCGCUGUUUGAUUUCCUGAUGCCGGGCUUCCUCGGCACCGAGCGACAGUUCCAGUCACGGUACGGGAAGCCCAUUCUGCAGAGCCGUGAUGCCAAAAGUACCUCGAAGGAACAAGAAGCUGGUGCUCUUGCCAUGGAAUCUCUGCACCGUCAGGUGUUGCCGUUUAUCCUGCGUCGACUGAAAGACGAUGUCCUACAGGAUCUACCACCGAAAAUCAUACAGGACUACUACUGUGAUCUCAGUCCAUUACAGCGAGAACUGUAUGAAGAUUUUGCUCGUUCUCGGGCUAAGCAAGGUGUUGAAGAAAGUCUGUCAGAAGACGACAAUGAAAAGAAGGUCAACAUGCAAGCGACAACACACAUAUUUCAGGCUCUGCAGUAUCUGCGUAAAGUGUGUAACCACCCGUCUCUGGUGCUAAAUCCCAACCACCCCAAGUACGAGGAGAUCACCGCCCAGCUUCAGCAACAGAACUCCAGUCUACAUGACCUGGCACACGCACCAAAACUCACAGCUCUCAAACAGCUGCUUCAGGACUGUGGUAUUGGAGUGAAUGGCUCGUCGGUUCCCGGCCAGCUGGGAACAGAGAUCCCUGUCGUCAAUCAACACCGAGUUCUCCUCUUCUGCCAGCUCAAGUCUUUACUCGACAUCGUCGAGCACGAUUUGCUCAAAACUCACAUGCCCAGUGUUACGUACCUGCGACUGGAUGGCAGUGUCCCAGCUGGUUCCAGACAAGAUAUUGUUCACAGAUUCAACAAUGACCCGUCUAUAGACAUCUUACUUCUUACGACCCAUGUAGGCGGACUGGGUCUAAACCUGACUGGUGCCGACACUGUGGUGUUUGUAGAACAUGACUGGAACCCCAUGAAAGAUCUGCAGGCUAUGGACCGAGCUCACAGGAUUGGUCAGAAGAAGGUGGUUAAUGUUUACCGGCUCGUUACACGAGGAACUCUCGAAGAGAAGAUCAUGGGGUUACAAAAGUUCAAGCUGACGAUCGCCAACACAGUGAUCACCCAGGACAACUCGAGUCUGCAGUCGAUGGGCACGGACCAGCUGCUUGAUCUGUUCACGCUGGACGACAGGAGAAAAGGGGAGUCGGCAGCACCAGAACCCUUGUCCGAGGCCAACACAAAGAAAGACAGUAUUAAAACAAUCCUGGAAAAACUCGGAAAUCUCUGGGACGAACGACAGUAUGAAAAUGAAUACAAUCUGGAUAAUUUCAUGAAAUCUUUGGAAUAACUUCAUCAUAUUGAAUACAAUUUGGAAUAAUUGUAUGAAAUGUCUGGAGUAACUAAUGUGAUGAAUACAAUUUGGAUAAUUUCAUGAAAUCUUUGAAUUAACUUCAAUAUUGUAAUGAAUAGUUUGGAUAUUUCAUGAAAUCUUUUAAAUAACUUCAGUGUAAUGAAUACAGUUUGGAUAAUUCUAUGAAAUCUUUGGAAAAACUUCAAAGUAAUCAAUACAGUUUGGAUAAUUUAAUUAAAUCUUUGGAUUAACUUCAAUGUAAUAAUACAGUGAAUAAUUUCAUGAAAUCUUUUAACUAACCACUUCAAUGUUAUGAAUAUAGUUUGGAUAUUUCAUGAAAUCUUUGCAAUAACUUCACUAAUGAAUACAAUUUUGAUAAAUUUCAUGAAAUCUCUUGUAACACAUUCAUUUAAGACAUGUCAUUACUAUUCCUUAUCAGGUUUCUUGUGCAAGAGUGGGUUUGUUGUUGUAAAUACCUGUAUGUAUGUAUGCUGUGUUAAUAAUAAGAAUGUAGUAAAUCUCAUCUCAAGAGUGGGUUUGUUGUUGUAAAUACCUGUAUGUAUGUAUGCUGUGUUAAUAAUAAGAAUGUAGUAAAUCUCAUCUUAAGAGUGGUGUGGUUUGAAAGAUUCUUCUGUACAUAGUGUGUCAGCAGAUUUAAUCUCAUCCAUAGGAAGGGUAUUGGAAGUGAGUGAGGGUGGUGCUACCUAUUAGGGGAGUAGUGCAAGGGGUGGCUUCAGAUUUGCUUUCUUAGCAUUUGGAGAACAAAAUAUGAGUAUUUUAGAUCAUAAUUUUUGGCUCUUUUUAAAAGUUGGGUUUUUGUUGUUGUUUUGUUUUCUUCUGUUUUGUAUAGUAGGCCACCCAAAAAAAUCGUAUGGUGCUCAUGUGGGUGGGUGCACCCCACCCCCUGUUCUUAAGGGGCCUGUUAAUAAAGAAAAUCAUGAAAUCCAUUUACGAUAACAUUGUUACACAUCUUAUUGUAAUACCUUGUAUCUCAUGCCCUUGCUCACUCUUAGUAAGGACUUUGAAAUUGACUAUAACGAAGUCUUUAGACUUUAAAUACAUAUAUUGAGUUAAGACUUUUAAAGUUUUGCAAGCACAGAGUUAGAUUCUUAAUUGUUGAUGUUCAAAAUGGUGUAUAUAAUUUUUGCUUGGGAUGCUGAGCACAUGAAAAAAUGUGUAAUUCAUUCUUAAGAUGGAGAUGUUCGAGUUGUGCAUCAUAAACUGAGAACAGUAUACUAGGACAUUUUCACAAAACAUACAUAGCACGUGGAUGGAUCUUUUCCUCUUUUACUGAAAAGCUAACUUUUAUUUUAUGUUCUGCCUAUGUAAAAUACCUUACACUGCAGUUACAGGUCAAUAACAUAUGUCUAAAUUAAUAUUGGGGUUUAUAUACUCACUUCUUUUAGACAUUUCAGCCAUAGGUAUGUUUCAAAGAUAUACCAUGCUAUAUAAUUAGUUAUAAUGAUAAUUAUAUACAGAAAGACAUUUUUACACCUGCAUGAUAAUAAAUUUAUAUAAUAUAUGCCAUUUGAUACAUAUUGUUGGUGUGUAAAUAAUAUUCUUCCACAUCUCAAUAAUGCUACUAGACAGGGAACAUUUUGUUCAGAGAUCGCUACAAAAUUUUUAAACAUUAAACAGUAGUUGCUAAUCAAUUUACAAUUGACUGGAAAUUUCAGUAAUCAGAAUGUUUUGUGUUAGACUCUCAAGUCCCAGUUCCAUUAGGGUGCAGUGGAUUAAAAAGAUUUGUUAAUUUUCAAGUUUGGCUACAUAAGUCAGACUAAAAUGUUGUUAAUUUUAUUAUACUGAUGGAAAGAAAUAAAGGAUCAAAUAAGUGCUAACGAAAAAGUGACCGAUGCCAAGACUUGUGCAUAGAGUCAGUGUCAGAAAGUUUGUCUGCCUGACAUUCAGUCCCACUUCACAUCUUUGUACGACAAUACAACAAUAAUAAUGACUGAAAUUUGGUGUUCAAUUAUUUCUUUGUUUAGGUAUAUUUUGAAAGUUGUUGUGUUAAAGAAUGUUCUCCUGGGGUGUUUUUGUACUGUAGUUGUUAAUGUUGACCUGUUUGAUCCUGAAUAAAGUGGACAGGUUGCUUGGCUGAAUACAUUUUGCAAUAUGAUGAUUAAAUUUGUUUGUUACUGUAAGAUACAAACUCACUGAAAUACAUGUACAUUGUUUAUGUGAAGUAUUACAUAUUCAGACCUAAGGAUUUGAGAAUUCUCGAAACUGUUUUUUUUUUUUAAUUUAAGACUGAAGUGAUUUUUAAAUAAACUGAAAAUUCGAUACCAUAAAUAAAUAUAUAUGUAGGCCUGUCGUCAAUAUUUUGUGUUUAAGAAAAAGAAGAAAAAAGAGAAAGAACUGAAAUAGUUUAAAAGCUGAAUCACAUCCCUGUUUAAUGUAUUUUAGUUCAGGCAAAACCAAAUGUUCACCACAAAAUGCAUUUUGAACUCACAUUGAUAAUGGGGCAGCUAAAAUAUUCAGAAUAUACAUGGAAGGUACAUGUAUGUAAAAAUUAAUAUUUUUUUCUUUUUUUUUUUUUCUUCAUACAUUUCAUAUUCACUAGCUAUGUGCUGCUAGUUGUCAAACUUCUCUCAGGGAGCAUGUAAAAACAGUUUCCACCAGGGUCCUAAUUCACAAAGGUCUCUUAGGCUCUGCUAGACAACAAAGCAUCCUCUUUGCAAGUCUUUUAACAUUGCACUGUGAAAUCGCAAAGUUGCGAGUUUAGUGAAUUAGGCCCCAGAUCUGCACACCUGACAUGUUCUUGGCAAUAAACUUCACAACUGUU